AUGGUACAGCGAACCGCGUGCAAUAGCGAGACGAGCGCAUCCCUCAAUGGUGCAUCGAGCGGCGACCGCGAAGGUGGAGGAACAUCCGGAGUCGCGACAGACGCGGUGGUAACGCGAGAUACCGUCGAUGGCGAGGCGACUUCCUUGACACGCGGCGGCGGCAAGGAAGGCAGGUUUUCUCUGUUCAGGUGGUUCAAAUCGCGAAAUCGCGAUUCAACCGUGGAGAAGCGACGAAGAACGAGCGCGAGAUCGGACGAUGAGAUCAGCGUCGUCCGACGACGCAGCAGCGUCUACUCCAGCGUAGAAAGCAUAGACACCUUCUACAGCACCACCACGGUUCGCAGUUUCGCGUUCCACGCGGGAACGAUAAACCGUUGCAACGUACUGUCCCUGGACAUCCUCAGGCAAGCUGCCGAGGUCGGCCCGUUUGCUGCCGGAGCCUCAAAAGUAUCCGUUGGAAACAAAGAGAAUAACGCGGCUGCCUGCACGUUGCCGAUCAACGUGCACUCCAGGAGACGAGACAUUGGUGCCAGAUACUCGCUGCAUCCGUCCACGACCUUCGCCUCAUGCGAGAACUUCCCGUCGUCCAAGAAAGGCUCCUCGGGUUCGUCAAGAACCCAAAUCAAUUGCAACGGAUCCGUGCGGCGGCGGUUACACGUGAAGGGAAAACGAAAAGCACCCAGUCCUCCCGCGGUAAUCAAAAUCGUGGAAGUCGAUGUACGCGAAACGCCCGCGAGGAACAGUAACAGGCGGAAACGACGGGCACCGCAACCGCCGGAGAAAGCGACCGCGGAAACUCGUUUCACCGAGGAGCGGUCGAAGCUUAUCAUCGAUGGCGGCAGCAUGGAACUGAAGAAUGUCGACGAGAGACAAUCGAUUAGCAACGACACGCUGGUUCUUCAGGGCGGUAUGCUGCUAUCGAAGAAGGAGGUUUGCGGCAGCCCAAAAGAGGGGAGGAGCAACAGAGGCGGCGAUGAUGAAACGUCCAGCGUCCUGAUCCCACGGGAAAAGGCGCAAGGCUCUAUUGGUGCUACUUUGAACGCGGCUAUGCCGCGACCUUGGUAUAAGCGCAGCGUCUUCGAGCACUCUCGCGACCUCGGAUCGUCCAAGAGAGGAGGCACGGUCUUUCACGGUCCUACGACUUCCUGCGAAAUGAAGGAGAAGUGUAUCGGAGCAAACUUGAAUUAUUCCGUUGAGUCUUCAUCGAGGCUAAACUUUUUUCACCGCGGUGAUCGGCAGAGCGACGAUAAAAAGCGACAGGAGGUUAAACGAAGAUCCGGUUUAUCUAUCCUGACGAACAUCAGCGAACUGGAUAAAGAAGCGGCGGCGAUCGUGCAGGAGGAGCAGGCGAGAACUCGGGCGUCGAUGUUGUUGAAAACAUCGAAGUUAGUCGAUGACUUCGAGAAGAGAAGCGACGUUAAUGAAGAAAUCGUUCAGGACAUGGUCACUUCGGCGAUGGAGAGCUCAUCGCCUCGACGAGGUACACGCGCGCUGAUCUCAAAGUUUAAUGCUAUUAGCAACAUCACCAAAGUCACGGUUAAUGCUAAUUUCUUCGCUAAGAAGGAUCAGUCAGAUUACAAGCUCGAUCGCGAUGUAACAAGGAACAGCAGAUUCGAGCAGAUCGGAGACUGGAGGAGUCAGAGAUUCUCCGCACAACAGGAUCUCGGCCAUAGUGUUCGUGUUGAUAAAGAUAUCUCCAAAUACUUUUUGCCUCAGCAGAAAUCAUCGAGGAAUAAGACGGAAUCGACGCAUACGAAUGUAAAUUCAGUAGACGUCAAAAGCACCUCUAGCAAGGAACAGAACGAUCAGCUGAUGAAGGAAGCGUCCAAUAGAAUAUCAUAUCUGCAAAGCCAGCUGGCUGCGAAUCGCGCGAACGAAUCUUUAGCUAUUCAGAAAAACAUCGCGUUAUCGGCAGCGGAGGAAAAGGUAAGAUCACGGCAGGAAAUCGUCGAAGAAAAAAAAGAUAGAGAAUCGCCGAGAUUAAAUAAUGAAACUAGUAAGAAAUUUUUGCUGUCCCAUGCUCGUAACUUAGUUGAAAGCACGGAAAAUACGUUAGAUCCCGUCAGAGAGAAGGCGAAAGGAAGCGAAAAGCGGCUGGAGGGGGUGCAGAAAGAAUUCUCGAACAUCUUCGACGAGAUCGAUCGACAGCUGCAUUCUAGAGAGUUCAAACUCGAGCGAAGACCAGUAGUCGAAUCCGACUACGUCAGAGACAAAGUUCCAGAGGAUGAAGUCGUAUCGAGCAGAGUGGCUAAAGUGCUCGAUAUUCUGGUGGAAGCCGAAAAGGAUGGCAAGGCGAGAUCGGCGGUACAGUUGGAAAGAUCGAUGCAAGACAAGGAAACAUCGCGUUUGAUUAAUUCAAACCAGAAGACGAAGUCUAGUAAGACAAAAUCAACCGUCCUCAAUACCGUCGAGGAUCCAAUUACCGCAGAUUUGAAGGAGAUGCUGAAGGAGAUGAAGCACUCGUUACCGAAGCGGCCUAAACCGAGGAAGGCUACGUCAAACGACGAUGACGUUCUCGAAAAGGUUGAGAAACGCUCGCCCGUAUCGGCGAACAAGACCUCAUACGUUGCCUCAAUCACGACGACGAGGAUGGAAGCAACGUCGUCAAAUGAUUACGAGGCAGAUAAGCAAAAGGUGUCCUCGUCGGCCCAAACCAGUGGAAACAUCCGUAGAUUAAAUCAGCCUUCUACAUCCGCUGAGCGACCGUCUACGUCAGGUUGGAAGCACGAAAACGUGCUCUACAGAACUUCCGGCAAAGGUUCCGCUCUUGUCAAGAACACUUUCCAAUUGAUACGACCGCGUGAUUUCGCCGAGAUAGAAGCUACAAAAACUACGAAGGAGAUUGACAAGGAAAACACUUAUGUCAAUAUGAUGGAACCAUCGUUGUACGCCAAUGCUCACGUCCCUCCUAGCUCCUCGCCGAAACAACGAUCACCAAAUUUGAUGCGAUCAAAGGGUAUUCCCUUAAGUAAUCAUGUUAAAGUAUCGCCCAAUAUCGUAAACGAAAAUAAAAUACUGAAUAACGAAGAAUUUACAGAGGAAGAAGACGAUAAUUCAACGGCGAAAAACAUGAAUACCCUGGCUAUAAAUCGAUUGCUGAGAAAGCUGGAAGGUGCCAUCGCGUCGGGCCAUCAUCAGCAAGCAGCGGGAUUAGCGAAGGAAUUGGCAAGGCUCAAGAUCCAUUGUUCUGUGAUACGACAGCGUUCGGCGGCGCGUUUAAAGGAUCAGUCGAUCAAAGUCAACAUGUAUAUCGAAGACAAACUCGCUCAUCAGGGACCUAUACCGCUUCAGCUGCCGAUGAAAAUGACGGUAGCCGAGCUGAAGACGAAGAUACAUACGGAGUUUGAAAUACCCACGAAUGUGCAGCGCUGGAUCAUCGGGAAAAACCUGGCUGAUCAUGACGAGACCACCCUCGAGGAAUUACACGCGGUGGAUGGUUCAUCAGUGUUUCUUUAUCUCGUAGCACCCGAAUUGCAUGUCGACAAUGUAACGCAAACGAAUAAAGCACCGUCCACGGAAGAUAAAGUUCUUGAAGAAUUGCCGCAAGAUCCACCAACGGAAAUCUUGCAGAUAAUCGAAGAAAAUCAAGAGACUGUCGAGACAGAGAAAACAGUGACAUUAAACGAGCAUCAGCGAGAAACAGCAGAAACAGACGUAUCGGAAGAUGUCAAGAUGGCACGAUACGAGGAAUUGAUAUCGUUGGAGAACUGGGAUGUCAUCCCGAAUUCCGAGCCAAUCGAAUGUCCAAUAUGCUUUGUUACAUACGGUCCGCGCGAAGGUGUAAUUCUGAGGGAUUGUUUACACAUGUUCUGCAGACCCUGCAUCGCCAAUACGAUUGCAUACUGUGAGGAGGCGGAGGUGAAAUGUCCAUAUAGAGAUGCCAAUUAUACGUGUGAAUCGACUCUUCAAGAACGCGAAAUUAAAGCCCUCGUCGAACCGGAAGUUUAUCAGCAGCACCUCGCGAAAUCGAUCGCGCAAGCGGAGAAUAAUGCCGGAAACAAGGCCUUCCACUGUAAAACACCAGACUGUCCUGGGUGGUGCAUUUAUGAUGAUGAUGUGAACAAUUUCCUGUGUCCCGUGUGCGGGGCCAAUAAUUGUCUCACCUGUCAGGUUGUUCAUACCGGAAAAAAUUGCAAGCAAUAUCAGCAAGAAUUGCAACUUUCGAAAGAAACCGACCAAGAAUCUAGAAGGACAGCUGCGAUGCUCAAGGAAAUGGUAGAUAGAGGCGAGGCACUCGCAUGUCCCACAUGUGCUGUCGUUCUUAUGAAAAAAUGGGGUUGCGAUUGGCUGGUGUGCUCCAUGUGCAAAACAGAGAUAUGCUGGGUUACCAGAGGACCACGUUGGGGUCCAGGGGGUAAAGGAGACACAUCCGGUGGCUGCAAAUGUGGUGAAAACGGAGUAAAGUGUCACCCCCGUUGCAAUUACUGCCACUAAAAAGUCACAACUGCCGCGACAAUGAGUGAACGCGUUUACGAUGAAAAUAAGAUGUUUUAGAAAUGCUUACAUAUUAUUUAUAUUAAAACGUAGCAUGUAUAACAAACUCGAUCGUAACGUGUCUUUGAUAUACGUUUAAUAUAAGUUGAAACUAAUAUAAGUUGGAACUCCGAUAAAUGCCGAUGUGCCAUAGAAGUUACACACUGCUUGCUCAAUGAUACCUUUAUUGCAGCACUGUUUUCGAUGGAGAUUUGCAAGUGAGAUUUUAAUAAAGAGAAUAAUUUGUACCGAUA